AGCGCCGGGCGCAGGGAGCUGAGUGGACGGCUGAGACGGCGACGCGUGCAGCAGCUCCAGCAAGAAGCGAGUUGCCAGAGCCUGGCUGCGUUUCCAUCAGGAGCUGCGAGCUCUGUGCCCGCUCGCAACAAGAUGCUCAAGGUGUCAGCCUUAUUGUGUGUGUGUGCAGCGGCUUGGUGCAGCCAGACUCUUGCAGCUGCCGCGGCGGUGGCUGUGGCCGGGGGGCGGUCGGACGGCGGUAAUUUUCUGGAUGAAAAACAAUGGCUCACCACAAUCUCUCAGUAUGACAAGGAAGUCGGACAGUGGAACAGAUUCCGAGACGAUGAUUACUUCCGUACUUGGAAUCCAGGAAAACCAUUUGAUCAAGCUUUAGAUCCCGCCAAGGACCCAUGCUUAAAGAUGAAAUGCAGCCGCCACAAAGUCUGCAUUACUCAGGAUGCCCAGACUGCACUGUGCAUCAGUCACCGGAGGCUCACACACAGUAUGAAAGAAGUAGGAGGAAGCCAUAAGCAAUGGAGAGGUCUCCCGUCAUCCACCUGUAAACCAUGCCCUAUAGCCUAUGCCAGCCCGGUCUGCGGUUCUGACGGGCAUUCCUACUCUUCACAGUGCAAACUAGAAUAUCAGGCGUGUGUCUUAGAAAAACAGAUCUCUAUCAAAUGUGAAGGGCGUUGCCCGUGUCCCUUCGAUAAAUCCAUGAGCACAGGCAGAAAUGUUAAAAGAGCCUGCAGUGACCUGGAAUUCAGAGAAGUAGCAAACAGACUGCGAGACUGGUUCAAGGCCCUGCAUGAGAGUGGGACCCAGAACAAGAAGACAAAAGCACUUCUGAGGCCCGAGAGAAGCAGAUUUGAUACCAGUAUUUUGCCAAUUUGCAAGGAUUCACUUGGCUGGAUGUUUAAUAGACUUGAUACAAACUACGACCUGCUAUUGGACCAGUCAGAGCUUGGGAGCAUAUAUCUUGAUAAGAAUGAGCAGUGCACCAAGGCGUUCUUCAAUUCUUGUGACACUUACAAGGACAGUUUGAUAUCUAACAAUGAAUGGUGCUACUGCUUCCAGAGACAGCAAGGUAAAAGAUGAGGCUUCUAUGAUGGAAUUAGUUGGCCAGCAUUUCAAAUUUUAUCUUUUCCCUCAUAAUAAAAAAUAUCAACACUACCCAAUGCUUCACUCAUUUUAGUACAUUUUCUAAUUUGAAUGUUUAAUGAAAGAGCAAAUAGGCACUAUAUUGAACAAAAUAAUUGUGCCAAAGAUACAAAUAUUCUAAAUAAGAUGGAAAGUAGUAAUUAAUAUUUUAUAUUAAUGUAUUUCAUUAUAGUUCCCAUUAUGAACCAGCAAGCAGCACACAGAGAUAUGAGAACAUAGAUAUUAAAAGUAAUCAUUGAAAUUAAUUUGCUAUCUGCUUUGCCCACAGUGUAAAAUAAAUGGGGUUUUUAUCACUAUACUGUCGAGUUUUAAUGUUCCAUUUUGUGAUCUUAUUAAGUGAGUUGCAUGA